CUAAGUGCCCAAAAACAGCGGCAAACACGUGGGCCCGGCACGGGCUAUGGCCGCUGUGCUGACGGUCCGCGCUCGCGCCGCCAGCGCCCCGGUGCUCCGCUCGAUCCGCGGAGUGCGGGAAGUUGCAAAGCCAUCGCCCGCUGGGCGGAGGCAACCGAGGGGCCUUGCCAGCUGUACCUUGGCUGCCCUCGCCGCGUCCGCGCCGGUGGUGCGUGGGGUGCGGUGCCGCAGGUUCUGCAGCACUCGGCGGGCCACGGCCACGGGGGAGGCGGACUUCAUGUGGGUGCUCAACAACACCGGUGCCAUCUCGAUACCAAAAACCGGUCCACCCGAGCAAAUGUUGGACUCCCUGCAGCGUGCGGCCCGGCGCUCCGAGCAGAGCUGGCUGAAGCGCCUCAGCCCCGACCCCGAGGCGGAGAGCCAGGCACCCAACAAGGAGCCGCGGCAGGUGAAGUCGGGGCACUAUGUAGAGGUGCUGCCAAGUCCCCUGCCAGACCCGGAGCUAGUGAUCUAUUCCCCCGAGGUGGCGAAGAUGCUGGACAUCCCCCCUGAGGAGAUCGCCACCGACGCGUUCAAGGCCUUCUUCGCGGGCGACCAGAGCCGAGUGCCCAACUUGAAGUCCUGGUGCACGCCCUACGCCCUGGCCAUCAUGGGCCAGCGCAUGGUGUCCAACUGCCCCUUUGGCAACGGCAACGGCUACGGGGACGGGCGCGCCAUCUCUGUGGGGGAGCUGGAGACCUCCGCGGGCCGCUUCGAACUGCAGCUCAAGGGCGCAGGCCGGACGCCCUUCUGCCGUGGCGGCGACGGGCGGGCGGUGCUGCGAUCCUCCGUGCGAGAGUUCCUGGCCAGCGAGGCCAUGCACUUUCUGGGGGUGGAGACCACCCGAGCGCUGUGCCUGGUGGUGUCUUCCGAGACCACCAGGAGGCCGUGGUAUGACGACUCCCGUGGGGGCAGCAUGUUCGGGGGCUCCAAGGAGCCCAAUACCAUGAUCCUGGAGCCCUGCGCAAUCAGCACGCGCGUGGCCCCGAGUUUUCUGCGCGUGGGCCAUGUGGAUCUCUUCGCGCGGCGUGCAGCGGCGGAGGUGGGGGAGAACCCCAGGGGCGAGCUGGAGCAGAUCGUGGAGCAUUGCCUGUUCCGCGAAUAUCCAGAGAUCUAUGCGCAGGAUGCGCCGCUGAACGUGCGGGCCACGGCGAUGCUCGAGGAAUUCCCGGAGCGGCUGGGGGCAGUGGUGGCGGGCUGGCUGCGGGUGGGUUUCUGCCAGGGGAACUUCAACUCCGACAACUGUUUGGCGGGCGGGCGCACCAUGGACUACGGCCCUUUCGGGUGGAUGGACAGGUACAGCCCUUUGUUUGCCAAGUGGACGGGCUCCGGGGAGCAUUACGGCUUCCUGAACCAGCCACAGGCGGCCAUUGCCAACUUCCACACCCUGCUGACCUCGGUGGCGGUCUUGUUCGGAGACGAAAACAAGGAGGAUGCUGUGCGGCUCCUGCAGAAGGGCGCUGAAACUAUCAAGUUGGCCGCGCAGGAAGUUUUUCGAGAGAAGCAAGGCUUCGCGGCGCCAAGCAGCGUCGCCAACGAGCUGUGGAAAGAGCUGGAGCCGUUGAUGAGGAAGUCGGACAUCGAUUACACAAUUUUCUGGCGACAGCUUGCCAAUGUCAUUGAGCAUUCGGACACUGUGGCAGAGACAGGGCUUGACCACAUCAAGCAGGCGUUCUAUCAGGAUCCUCCCACUGAAGUUGCUGAGGAGUGGACAGCCUGGCUGCAGAAGUGGGCGGAGGCAGUGCUGGCUGAAAGUGAUGCCAAGGAGGUCGCGGCGCGUUUGCGCAAGGUGAAUCCCAAGUACGUGCCUCGUGAGUGGAUGCUGGCGGAGGCCUACACCCAGGCUUCGAAGGGAGACUAUUCCCUGGUGCACGAGCUUUUGGAGCUCUUCCGGCACCCCUACGACGAGCAACCGGCCUUCGAAGCUCUUUACUACAGCAAAGGCCCGGCGGAGCUUGUGAAUCGCGGGGGGGUCGCCUACAUGACCUGAUCUUCGUAAGCGGCGAUGCAUUGGCAUGCCUAUUGGCAUGCUAGCAUCGCCGAUUGGGUGUCAAAGAUAUACCAGGC